GGAUGACGGUGGUGAUGCUGGCUGUGCUGCUGCUGCUGGUGUGUGUGUGUGACUCUACAGCCUUCAGACUCACAGGAAACAUCGCUCUGAGAGCUAAAACCCAUCAGUCCGCUGACCCGCUGAACGGAGACUCCGCAUGGAGAGCAGUGGCUGGAGAUGGAGAUCGGUCCUGCAGCUCCAUCAGCUCGAAGAGAAGCCCCUGGUGGAGAGUUUCUCUAGCACAGACCUACAGAAUCGCCAAAAUCUCCAUCAGCACCGGCACUGAGGGCAUCAGCGGGGCCGAGAUCCGCAUCGGCAGCAGUCUGGAGGAGGACGGAAACCACAACCAGCUGGUGAGAGUGUUCUCUGUGCGGCCGGGGAAAGCUCAGGUGUUUAAGUUCAGGCCUGUGGAGGGACGCUUCAUCAGUGUGAUUUUACCAGGAGUGGACCGUGUGCUGAAUCUGUGUGAGGUGGAGGUGUUCGCGCUCGCUGAAGACUCUAACUCAGACUCAGAGCUGGUGAAUGUGGCAGUAUCGGGUCGAGCCACUCAGUCCAGCACGCGUCUGGGUUCUGCUGCGUGUCUCAGUCUGCCACAGAACGCCAUCGACGGGAACCGGCAGUACGACCCGUCCCGCGGCUCAUGUGCGCAGACAGACACCGAGAGCGCCCCCUGGUGGAGGCUGGACCUGCUGCGGACACACACCAUCACUGCAGUGGCUCUGACCCGCGGAGACCAGGACGUCAGCGGCGCGAGGGUGACCAUCGGGGACUCGCUGCAGGACGAGGGACGAGCAAACCCGCUGUGUGUGUCCGUGUCCUUCAUCCCUGCUGGAGGAACAGGCCGCUUCAGGUGUGUUCCUGCUCUCCGGGGCCGAUACGUGACUGUGGCUCUGGCUGGAGUAAACAGGACCCUGAGCCUGUGUGAGGUGGAGGUGUUCGGGGUGCCUGAUCAGUAACAUCCAGACAUCAGCAGCGCUCCAUAUUUACUGGCUCCUGUUUUCAUUUCUGCUUGUGUUGCAUUAUGGGAUCUUGAUCUUUCUUCCAACAACUUUUAACCUUAAACAGUGUGUGAAAGUGUGUGUCCUGCACAUGUGUGAUAGUGUGCAGUGCUCUAUUGUGUGUGUGUUGUGUCAUAGAUAUAUACACUAGAUAUCGCAUAGGGACCCUGAGCAUGCGUCAAUAGCGCCGCCAUAUUGGUACAGUGCUCUCAGGACAAGUGUCAUUCAACCGCACUAGUCAAGACAGUGUUAUUACGUGAAGAUGCGGGACUUUAGCGCUGUCUACGGGUGUAGUAACGAGCAAACAAAGAAAACAAAGCACAAAGGCAGAACAUUUCAUAGAUAAUAUCAAGUUUUUUCUGUUUUUGUAUGUUCUGAACGUUUGUGCUAAUCAGGUCACGUUAUUGAUGAUAACAGUCUCUUACUGCAUUCAGCAUACGGCAAAGCAGCUCCAACUCACACUAAACACUCGGCUAAUGCUGGUUUUGUUGAAUAAAAUCAGCAAACAAUGCAAAAGAAACAUGACAACGAGAUGCUGCGCUGCCAGAAACUGGUAUUGUCGGCUUGUGAAAGAGUCGUUCGGGGGAUUCAUUCACAAGCGAAUCGCUCUCUCCGUCAGUAUGAGCAGUGAAAGCAGGAGAGGAGCUGUGUUUCAGGACAUGAUGAGAUCAGAUUUAACAGGGAGGGUGGAUAAUACAUUUCUGUACACACAAACACAAGCAUUAUGUCAGGAAUGCCCGUGCGGUCACUGAUCCAUCAAUGUAGAAAAGUGAUGUCAAAUUAUAAUUUUCUUAAUUAGAAAAAAAAAUGACAUACUAACAUCCAGGAAAACUCCCGAUCACAGAUAUAUGUGUAUAUGUGUAUAUCUCUGGCUUUGCAUGGCCACAGUCCUCCACUGUACCUUGGUCCCGCAUUCAGUUCAAAGGAGCGCUACCCUGUAGCAAGAUGGCGGCGCUAUUGACGCAUUCCGUCCAAUAGACAACAACAGGCCAGGCAACAUCUAGUGUAUAUAUCGAUGGUGUUGUGUAUUACGCUACAGAAGCCUCGUGGUAAACUGCAGCACAUUCACUGAUACUCUACACACUCAUUCCUCUGCAGAUGAUCUCUUAUAUUAUUUUAAACUGCUAGAAGUCUCUCUGGUAAACUGUAGAGUUGACUUUACAACAUCAGCAGUGGACAGAGCAGAUCAACAUCCCAUAAAGCACUUCACCAUCAUAAAUAAACACUUGACUAAAUCUGGAAACUGCUGUGUUUAACAGUGAACAAACACAAAUAACAGCGACGCUAUUGACAUUAUUAUAAUAAACAGCAGAAAGCAGUCGCUCUGCAGACCUGAAGAGUGUUCAUGACCACAUGACCAGCAGAACAACAUCAUGAGGGAAGAUCAGUUCACAUCAUCCCUGACCCAGACCUCCAAUCAUCAGUGGAAGAGAACGAGAGCUGAGGCCUGGAGACAGAGAUGUUCAAUCUGUUCCACAACAGCUGUUUAACUGAGAGAUCCACUUUACUUCUCAAUAUAUUAGUUUAAUAGCUGAUUUAUUGUGUCUGUCCUAAUCCUGUGUGUGUGUGUGUGUGUGUGUGUGUGUGUGUGUGUGUGUGUGUGUGUGUGUGUGUGUGCGUACAUGAAUGUUCUGCUGCAGUUCCUCUCAGACUCUCAAUAAAGCUGCAGACUCUCC